GAGAGAUCAUGUGCCAGCGACUAUAAGAAGGAUCGUCGUUCAAUUACCAGCUCUCAUCGAACCAUGGUGCCUCGUCCAGUGUUGGCUGGGGUCUUCACCCUCUCUCUCGCUCAUUCAUGUCUCUCCUCGAGCAUUCACUUUCCUUCAAUUCCAUCCAUCGUCCGCCGACAAUCGCCGAGCGUCCCGACUGGUCUGUCCGGCAACUGGUCGUCUCUCGGAUGCUACACGGACAACCAAGCCGGAGGCCGCACGCUUCUUGGCUCCUCGUUCACGAAUACCACCGGAAUGACCGUUCAAAGGUGUAUCGCCUUCUGUGAUGGCCAAAGUUUCAUCUACGCUGGUGUCGAGUACGGCCAAGAGUGCUACUGCGAUAAUCACUUCGAAAACGGGGGGACGAACACCACGCUGUCGGACUGCAACAUGGCAUGCACAGGGAAUGCCACCGAAACAUGCGGCGCCGGCAACAGAUUGAAUGUGUUCACAAACGGAAAGACUCCGCCUCCGCCACCGUCUAUUCCCGCUCAAGUGGGAAAUUGGACGUCUCUUGGCUGCUGGAGUGACAACGUGGACAAUGUGCGAUCCCUGCCCAACGGGAUAGCUGUUCCGGGAAACUUUACCCUGGAGACCUGUUCUUCCGCCUGCUUCGCUGCGGGUUACCCUUUUUCUGGUGCCGAAUACGCCGCCCAGUGCUAUUGCGGAACAAGCAUCUAUGUAAAUGCAUCGAAGAUCUCUACAGCGUCGUGCAAUAUGUUGUGCGCUGGAGAUGGUCAGCAAUUCUGCGGUGGACCCAAUGCGCUCUCAAUGUAUAACUACACCGGAAUUGAUCGGCCCACCGGACCGGUCGGCGGGGGAGGUGGCGGUGGAGGUGCGCCACCGCAAACCGGCACACCGGUCUUCAUUGCCGCCAACCUUCCGAAACCGUGGUCUUAUUCCGGGUGCUAUGUCGACAAUGCCUUCGGACGGAUCUUGCAGACUCAACAGCCCGACAAUGCGAAUCUGACGAUCGCAUCAUGUGUCGCCACCUGCGCGGCCGCAGGUGCGACGGUCGCUGCGGCGGAAUUUUCGGUGCACUCAAUGCUGUGCGCCCGAUUUCGCACCACGUCUUCGCAUAUACUAAUGAAUCGUCCAGUCUGCGGCACCGAAUUGAUAGAUGGUGCUGCCCUCGCGGCUGAUGCGGACUGCAACAUGGGAUGUGGGGGCAACACGACGCAAGCUUGCGGCGCGGGAAACCGCAUGUCAGUCUACUCGACAUCCAAAAAUGUGACUAUUCUGCCUGUGCCCGUCGCUCAGACCAAAGGCAUCCCAGGAAACUGGACAUAUCAAGGCUGUCUCAGGGAGGCUAACGGAUUCCGGGCGAUCCCGUGGCAAAACAUCUACCCUACCAACAACUCUGCCACGACAUGCUUGAGCCAGUGCGCGGCCUUUGGAUACACGGCGGGUGGUAUGGAGUACGGCGAGGAGUGCUACUGCGGUGACGUGUCGGAUGUCACCAAGGCCAAUGUCACCUUUGCGCCUGAGGCGGACUGCAACCUCGCGUGUCCAGGCGAUCCGAUCCAUCUCUGUGGAGCGGGAAAUAGGAUCCAGUACUACACCUGGACGGGCCCAGCGCAGUAUGUUUGGCACACGCCUACCAACAUUGGAUACUACGACUUCCUCGUCCCUGGUGUUGUCGUGCCCCUCAUCGCCACUGUCGGCAUCAACGGCAAGGUCGCGUUCCUCGAGAAGUCGGGCACGUCGGAAUUCGACAACUCCACUGGCGCAUACGAGCUCGACCUCAGUCUCGUGGACCGAUUCGACCUCGCCUGGAGAGAGAUGCACGUCAAGUCCGACGUCUUCUGCUCUGGAUCGGUCACGCUCCCCGACAAAGCAGGUCGUAUCCUCAACGUCGGUGGCUGGUCACUCGAAUCGACCAAAGGUGUGCGAUUGUAUGCGCCAGACGGCUCUCCUGGAGUGAACGGAACGAACGACUGGGAGGAGAAUUUCCAGGAGUUGGCGCUGCAAAGGCAACGCUGGUACCCGACCGCGGCUGUCUUGGCCAACGGUUCCGUGCUCGUCAUUGGCGGUGAGACCGGCAGCAAUGCUGCACCGCAGCCCAACUUGGAGAUCCUGCCCAAACCGGCGGGGGGUGAUACUGUCAUCAACUUGGACUGGUUGGCGCGCACGGAUCCGUGGAACUUGUACCCUUUCGUCUUCGUUCUGCCCAGUGGAAACCUCUUCGUCAUCUAUUAUAACGAGGCACGGAUUCUGGAGCCGGUCAACUUCAACACUAUCAAGGAGCUGCCCAACCUUCCUGCCUCUGUAAAUGACUUCACUGGUGGACGGACGUAUCCCCUCGAAGGAGCUGCUGUUCUCUUCCCGCAACACGCUCCCUACACAGAUCCGGUUCGCAUUCUCACCUGCGGAGGCAGUGCUCCCGGUGCCGGUAUCGCGAUCGACAACUGUGUGUCGAUUGAGCCUGAGGCGCAGAAUCCGACGUGGCUUCUUGAGCGCAUGCCCUCGCAGCGUGUCAUGACAUGCAUGUCUCCGCUCCCCGACGGCACCUUCAUGAUCAUGAACGGAGCACACCAAGGAUUCGCUGGAUUCGGGCUCGGAAACGAUCCGAACUUCCAGGCGCUGCUGUACGAUCCGACGCUGCCACCCACUCAGCGCAUCUCCAUUCUGAACACCACGAUCGUCGCACGGAUGUAUCACUCGGAGGCAAUUCUGCUCCCCGACGCCCGGGUGCUCGUUUCGGGGUCCGAUCCACAGACCCCGGGCAUGCCAGAGGAGAUGCGCAUCGAGGCUUACUACCCUCCGUACCUCACACAAGGCUUCAAGCAGCCGAGCUACACGAUCAACAACGACACGGACUGGGCGUAUGGCAGCACACACAAGAUCACCGUCACAUUGCAUCAAGGCACCACGGCGAAUAUGCGCAUCUCGCUUGUUGCGGCGAUCUCGUCAACGCAUGGAAACACCAUGGGUUCGCGCACCAUCUUCCCUGCAUUCAAGUGCGCGGGCAACGUUUGCACCAUCACCGCGCCCCCGAAUGCCUUCAUCUCGCCUCCUGGAUGGCAUCAGCUGUUCGUCCUCGACGGUCCCACACCCAGUCACUCCACGUUUGUCCGCAUCGGUGGAGAUCCAGGAAAGCUGGGAUUGUGGCCGGAAUUCCCCGACUUUACGCCUCCGGGGCUUUGAGUUGACAGCCUUACUUUCAUUAUGUCGGACUUUGGACUGGAAAGGACUGGGCUAUUUAUCCAACUACUUAUUAUCACUCGCUCUCUCCUUCCAUUUUCACCGGUAAAUUCGUACCCUGUACAUCUAGAAUUAAUGACUGCUUUCCGUGCAAACAGUUC